AUGCCAUCAUCCAACGUCCAUUCUGCUAACAAGGCGCCGAUGUCCCAGCAAGGACAAGAUACUGGCUUCAGGCCCGUUGUGCCUCUCGAAUUAUCUGCUAAUCGUUGGGUUCCUACGAGCGCAACUCGCAAGGGUUCGAGUCAACUUAAUGUUGAUUCACCUAAGUUGAUCGACCGUAAGGUUAAAGCACUGCUCGACAGGCUUACGAUGGAGAAAUUCGAGACGAUUUCAAACCAGAUCAUCUACUGGGUCAACAGGAGUGUGAAUGAGAAAGACGGGCGAACGCUCAUCCAAGUCAUCCGGCUGGUGUUCGAGAGGGCAAUCAGUGAGGAUGUGGACGGUUGGAGUGAAAUGUACGCGAGGCUGUGUCGGAAGAUGAUGGAGCAGAUCAGUCCUGAGGUGCAGGAUGCCGAUAUUAAUGAUAUGGAGGGCAAGCCCAUUGCUGGCGGACAGCUGUUCCGUAAGUAUCUCCUCAACAGGUGUCAAGAAGACUUUGAGCGCGGGUGGUUCGCCAAUGAAGCUGCUGCUGCAGCGAAGGCUUCCGACAAUCAUGCAACCCGGGCUGCUAAUGACAAGAAGGGCACGGAGGAGGCUGAACUCUAUUUGGAUGAGUACUACGCUGCACAGAAGGCGAAGCGUCAGGGUCUUGGUCUCAUCAAGUUCAUCGGCGAGCUGUUCAAGUUCCAGAUGAUCACAGAGCGUAUCAUGCACGAGUGUGUGAAGAAGCUGUUGUGCAACGUCGAGAACCCAGAGGAAGAGGAGAUUGAGAGCUUGUGUCAACUAUUAAAGACAGUCGGCCAGUUGCUUGAUACGCCGAAAGCCCGCGCGCAUAUGGACGUUUACUUCACGCGCAUGAAGGAGUCUCAACAUCAACUCUCGUGUGCAGUUCAUGCUUCAGGUGACGUUAUUGAGUUGCGUGACCGUAAAUGGGUCAGCCGGAAUGCUGUUACUGCGCCUACGACGAUCGCCGCUGCCGCUAAGGAGAAAUCAGCUGCAGAGAAGGAGUCUUUCAACCGUCAGAUAAGCAUGUCCCGUGGUGGUUCUCGACGCGGCGACAACCGCAACCAAGAGCAUGGCCCUGAUGGCUGGGCUGUUUCAGGUGGCAGCUCUGUUCCGCGGGCACCUUCCAAGGCCGGUGAUCUGUCGCAGUUCGGCAAAAUAUCCAAAGGCCCAGCCAUAGGGAUGGUAAUGGGUCCGGGCGGCGUCUUCGCGGCCGGCAAGAAGAAUAGCAAGCGAGAGACACUUUCCCAGACGAAUUCAAGUUCGAAUAUGUUCUACAUGCUCAGUCAGAAUCCUGAACUCGCCGCUGAGGCAUCUACGAAACCUAGUCGUUUGUCGAGUCGGAAACCAAGCGUUGACCUUGGCCACACUAGUGUUCCUCAGCCUACCGUACAGCGCAGGAAGCUCCAGCUUCUUCCACGGUCCGUUCAUACUGAAGAGAACACCAUGACUCCUUCAAAAGAAGAGCCCGAAAACGCACCUACUAGUACCGCCAUGUCAGAAGCAGACGCGAAGAAGAAGGUUGAUGAGGACGUGAAGGAGUUCUUUGCUGUUCGCAAUCUUGAAGAGGCGGAGGUCUACUUUACCAAUCUUCCUGACGAGCACCGUUUCCGGCUUGUGAACAAGCUGGUUGCGUCCGCGCUUGAGAGCAAGGAGGCGGAUGCGAGAUUGGUCGGUGAAUUCUUCGCACAGGCUACUAGUAGUGGGCAGUGUACGCUUGAGGUUAUUGAGAGGGGUUCAUGCCUAUCGCGGAGCUUUGGGACGAUACUUGCCAUCGAUGCUCCAAAGGUGUUUGACUACAUGGCUAUUAUGCUCAAGGGCGCUGGAAUCGAGAAUGAGCCUGAGAGACUCCGGCGGAUCGCUUCGAAGCUCGAGAAUAGCGACAAGCUAGUCUCUCUCGUUGCAUGA